AUGGCAGGCAUAGACCUACGCCUGUCACUCUUACUUCUGGCCAUACCGGCCCUGGUCCUCCUCCAUCUUGCUGUGGCACCGUACACAAAGGUGGAGGAGUCCUUCAACAUCCAAGCGGCCCACGAUCUUCUCGUCUACGGCACGCCCAUAUCUAGCAACGCUGGAAAGAGGCUGGCUGCCAGCUACGACCACUUCACCUUUCCCGGUGCCGUGCCGAGGACCUUUGUAGGAGCCGUCCUGCUCGCCGGUCUGGGCCAGCCCAUCGUUGCCAUCGCCGGGUUCCAGUAUGCCCAGUUCAUAGUCAGGGCCAUCCUCGGUCUCUUCAAUGCCGGUGCCCUCGUCUUCUUUGCUCUGAGCGUCAAGAAGGCCUUUGGCAGCUCGGCAGCGGCAUGGUACGUUGCGCUGCAGGCCAGCCAGUUCCACGUCAUAUUCUACGCGUCGCGGACGCUGCCCAACAUGUUUGCCUUUGGCAUGACCACCAUCGCAACGGCGCUGCUCCUGCCCACCACGACGCCGAGGUCCAUCACCGCGCGCCACCGCCUCGCCAUCUCCCUCCUCGUCUUCGCGGCCGUCAUCUUCCGCUCCGAGGUCGCCAUCCUGCUCGGCAGCCACGUGCUCUACCUGCUCGCCGUGCCCCUGACCUCGCUCGACAAGGUCGCCUACCCCUUCGCCCUCGCCUCGGCCGUCGCCCUGCUCAUCACGGUGCCCGUCGACUCGUACUUCUGGCAGCGCGCCCUCUGGCCCGAGCUCUGGGGCUUCUACUACAACGCCGUGCAGGGCUCCGCGUCCGCCUGGGGCGUCAGCCCCUGGCACUACUACUUCACCUCGGCCCUGCCGCGCCUCCUGCUCAACCCGCUGGCCUACCUCGCGCUCCUCCCCUGGGCGCUCCGCCAGCCCGCCACCGCCCGCGCCGCCUGCCAGCUCGUCGUGCCCAACCUGCUCUUCGUCGCCAUCUACUCCCUCCAGCCGCACAAGGAGGCCCGCUUCGUCUUCUACGCCGUGCCGGCCCUCACCGCCGCCGCCGCCCUCGGCGCCGCGCACGUCUCGGCCCGCGCGGCCAAGUCCCCGGCCUACCGCCUCGGCGCGCUCCUCGUCGCCGCCUCGGUGCUGGCCUGCCUCGCCGCCAGCACGGGCAUGCUCCUCCUCUCCUCGCUCAACUACCCGGGCGGCGAGGCCCUCGCCUUCCUCCGCGAGGUCGUCGAGUCCUCCUCGUCCUCGUCCUCCUCCUCCGCACCGCCCUCCGCCGCAGCGGCAACGGCCGGCAACGCGGUGGUGCUGGCCCCCGUCGUCCCCGUCCACGCAGACGUGCUCUCGUGCAUGACGGGCGUCACGCUCUUCGGCGCCGGCACGGGCGGCGCCCUGCCGACGCACUUCCAGCCGCACCUGCCCGACGCGGACUCGGCCUCCGCAGGCAGCGUCCUCAGCAAGAAGACCGACGGCAACAAGAACAACGCCGACGCUGACGCCCAUACCGCCGCCGCCGCCGCCGCCGCCGCCGCCGCCCCGCCUCCUCCGGUCCUCGUGCUCGACAAGACGGAGGGCGAGGCCGCGCUGCGCGACCCCACCUUCUGGACGCGGUUCGACUACCUGCUCGUCGGCGACAGGGCCGCCGUGCGCGGCGGCGAGUGGGAGCCCGUCGGCGUCGUGGAGGCCUACGCGGGCGUGCAGGUCCUCCGGCCGGGCGACGUGCCCGCCGACGCCGAGAAGGCGGAGGAAGGACGGGCGGCGCCGGGGGUGGGGACCCCCGUCGUGGGCCGGGGCGCGCUCGUCGCCGCCGUGAGGGACAGGGUCCGCGGGCUCACGGGCGGAUGGUGGGCUGGGCCGAGGAUGGAGCCGCGCGUGUGGGUGCUGCGCAGGGUCAAGGGGGGCGAGAGGAGGGGCGCCAGCAAGGAGGUUACUUCCUAA